GUACCCUUACCUACGUUACGAAACCCUUUAAAAAGAUACAAAAAAAAAUAAAAUAAGUCUUUAUUGCUGCUUAAACUUACAAACAUUAACAUCAAUUAGCUAACUACCUAUAAUACUUUACAAAUGUUUCAUCUUACUUAUAUCUUCGUAUACCGGCGUUCGGUAUAAAAACAGCUUGUCUUUCGACAUAGGCCUACUCCAAAGAUUUCCAUUUUUCUCUGCUUUUGCUACUCGAAUCCAUUCUGGACUAGCCUCCUUUUUGUGUGUCAUCCUCCCAUCUUUUAGUUUGUCGCCCUCUGUUUCUUUAUCGUCUCAAAAAAAUACAAUACCUAUUACUAAACAGAACACCUUAUUUCUAAGUAAAAUUUGCACUCCAUUCAUUGGAAACCACUACUCUGUUACAUCAGUUACACAUUUAUGUUUCCAUAAAUCUGACGUCAAAAUUCAAUAUAAAAGCCUCGAUAUCCUUGAAAGUCGACAACGCGAUGACUAUUAAGAGACUUAGCUGAGAGUUUUUCGAAACAGAGUACACUUUUGUAUCGCCUUUCGCCUUUCUAUGUCAGUGUUACGCUGAAAAACUUUAACGGGGAACUGUACGGACACGAAUACGCUUUUAGAGGCAAUAGCUGCUCCAAUGCAUCCGACCGAUGUGGCUGGAAUACUGUAUACACCCGCCACGGUUUACUUUCCAACUGCCAGAGAAAUUGGGAUUAACUGUGUGCUUCGUACUCCUAAUAAGCAUAGAAGAGAUUAAUUCAACCAAAAACGAUAAUACAACACAGCUAGAAGAAAAAUCAAAGCCCUUAGAAAAAUUAAUUUUAAAAGAAAAUGAACCUGCAGACGCUAGUCAUAAAGAAGAUCAUAGAGACGAUGUAACACGAGUGAAGCGACAGUAUUAUGAUCCGUAUUACGAUCCGUACUAUAGGAGACGAGUUCCCGUUGCAGUUCCAGUACCAAUAAUCAUCGGUGGUGGUGGAUUUGGUGGCUUCGGUAGAGGCUUCGGUAGAGGUUUUGGUGGACGUGGAUUUGGAGGCCGUGGAUUCGGAGGCCGUGGCUUCGGUGGUAGAGGAUUUGGGGGCAGAGGAUUCGGUGGUAGAGGAUUUGGCGGAUUUGGAGGACGCGGAGGAUUCGGUGGAUUUGGGGGUAGAGGAGGCCGAGGAUAAACUAUUUCCACUUGUUAAUAGAUUUAUUUUAAAUGGACUGUUACUUUUUAUAGAUUUUUAAUAAAAUAAACC